ACUUCCGCUGUCCCGCGGAGGGCGGGGGGAGCGAACUGUUGUGGUGCGGCGCGUUGGGCGGGCGGCGGCCGGGCGGCCCAGGGGCUGCCGCGGGACUCGGGGCGCAGCCGAGUGGCUGCAGGGGUGGGGCGGGCCGGACGCUCCGCGGGGCCCGGACGCCGCGGGUUCGAGGCCGGGCCCCGCGCGGGGAGGCCGCGCCACCCCGGGGGAGCUGCCCGGCAGCGAGUUUGCCCCACAGGCGAAAGAAGGCGGGAGCCGGCGAGGGCCUUCAAAACCCCCUGGCAACCUGGGCCCGGAGUCCCUGGGGAGCGGCUGCUUCCCGGGACGCCCUCCCGGACGCCCCUGCCGCAGGGUAGCUGUUCUGGGCCCCCGGCAGAAGGCGUCACCGGGUGACCCCCGGCGGGGCCCUGCGAGCCGCGGGAGUCGACCCCGGGGCUUCGAGCGGGGAGGAAGGGGUUUCCGGAGACGCGGGGCCGGGGGCUGAAGGAGCCGGGCCUCUCGGACGCGGGGCAGGGCAGCGCCCGGUCAGAAGACCGACUCUGGGACUCUCGGGUGCGGGAGUCUCGGCGACCUGCCCCGCGGCGAGCGCGGCCGCGGAGUGGCCUACAGGGGACCCUCCCCCAGAGGGGCCCGCCCGGGGCGGGGAGAUGAACGGCUUCAGCACCGAGGAGGACAGCCGCGAAGGGCCCCCCGCCGCCCCCGCCGCCGCCCCGGGUUACGGCCAGAGCUGCUGCCUCAUCGAGGACGGCGAGCGCUGCGUCCGGCCCGCGGGCAACGCCUCCUUCAGCAAGAGGGUGCAGAAGAGCAUCUCGCAGAAGAAACUCAAGCUGGACAUCGACAAGAGCGUAAGGCACCUUUAUAUCUGCGAUUUCCACAAAAAUUUCAUCCAGAGUGUCCGAAAUAAAAGGAAGAGGAAGACAAGCGAUGAUGGUGGAGAUUCUCCUGAGCACGACACUGACAUUCCUGAGGUCGAUCUGUUCCAGCUGCAGGUGAACACUCUACGACGUUAUAAACGACACUACAAGUUGCAGACCAGACCAGGCUUCAAUAAGGCCCAGUUAGCAGAAACUGUCAGCCGACACUUCAGGAACAUACCUGUGAAUGAAAAAGAGACCCUCGCCUACUUUAUCUACAUGGUGAAGAGUAACAAGAGCAGAUUGGAUCAGAAAUCAGAGGGCGGCAAGCAGCUGGAGUGAGGAUGAAGCACAUCUUAAAGGAAUGAAGUAUAAUGCUUAAUGCACAGGUGAUGUCUGCUACAUUUAAGCCCAUAAAGACUGUUAAAUUUUAUUGUAAAUAAAAAAGUUUGAAUGAUGAAUACUGUAAAUCUUUUUGGUCAGGAGGAUUAUAUUCUCAUUCAGCAUGUGUAUAGAAAGACUUUCUUUUAAGAUAACUUCUGGACUAAAAAACAGGAUCAUAAAAAGAAUUAAAGAAAAACUAUGUAUUACAGCAUUCAGCAAAGCAUUAAGUCAGUCCUACUGGAAAUGUGGAAUAAGAAAUGUUUUGGUCGUCACCUUAUAACACCAGGCUGCCACAUGUGAGACGUGGCCCUGGAACGGCAGCAAGGUGCAAUUGGCAGUGGAGGUGCAUGAGCAGACCUGAGUCUGGACUUGCAUGCUGCCCACUGGGGAUGUAGAUUUCCCACCUGCUUUGUUGCCAGCUUUGUUGUUUAUCAGCAGAUCAGUUUGAUGCUGGUCCCCUUCGCUCGCGCUGUGCCUUGUAACCCAGUAGGCACUUAAUCAGUAUUUAUUGGCUAAUUGAGCUGUCACUAACAGUGCCAGCCUUGUAACAUCUGUUUCACACCUCUUGUUACUGAGACCUCUGCCAUGACUGUUGCUUGCCCUUAACUGCUAGAAUGUGGAGGAAAUCCUGGUGCACCAACAAGGAAGUUUCAAAUCAAACAGGGAUUGCAGGAUAUUUGUAUGCGCAAAGCUCCAUUUGUCAAGGUGCCAGAAACACUGAUACCAAGACCCUCACAGAAGACCAGUCCUCUGUACACCCCUCCAUGCUUCACUCUUUGGGGUGAAGUUAUAUAUUAUGACUUCAGCCAAGCUCCUGGGCAAUAAAUGCUUUGACAAGCAGAGAUAUUUAGUGGCUUGGGGCUAAUGUUUUCAGAAGUAUUAAUCCUUAGUUCACAACCACCACAAAAUCUGCCCAGGACCAUAUGAUUCGUGCUCAGAAGUCCAGCUGUGGGACUGGAAAUCUGGCUGGCCUUGACUCGCUGGGCUCUGGUCAGCAGCAAAUCAUGAGUUUGAGCAACAAAGGUCAGUGCCAUCUCAUGCUCAUUUUUGUGAGCAAUUCACCUCCCUCUUAGGGAGAAAGAUUGCUAAAAUAAUUUUUUUUAAGUAUUGAUAAUUACCUGAUUAUUUUUAUUCAAAAAAGUGGAUUCAUCAAUCUAUCAGAGCCAAAGUAUCCUGUGAAAACAAAGCUUUAUAUCCAAAAAUAUACUUUUGCAAAAUUCUCUAAUCAAAGUGAUGGGGGCAAAGAGUGUGGGUAGGAGGGCAGGAGAAAAAGAAGAAAAGGAUUAGCAUUCUAAUUUAUGACCAUCUUGAUAUAUAUUAUAGUCAAAGGUGUCAUUUUCCCACUCAGUUUCAAUUCUGAGUUAUUUCUUAAGCCUUAAAUAUAAAAGGAGCAAUGGACAGCCUGGCCUGGCAGAGAGUUUCAUAGACGGCUUAAUCUGAGCACCAUCACAGAGAAGUCAGAAUUAACCCCCCACUGAUCGGGGCGGCAGAGUAUCCACAGGUGUCAGUUCUGUGAAGCAGAGUACCAUGCUUUCUGUGGAAUGGGGACAGGGCCACCACUCUCACUAAAAUGCAGUGUGUUCCAUCACAGCAAAGCUUUCGCCCGUAUUCAAUGCAUGUCUAGCAGAUUGCAGCCUUUUUAAUUAAAUAUGUGUAAAUGAAUGUACAUAGAAUAUGCUCUGGACUACAAGGGGAUCCUAUUUUGAUACGCCUCCUGGCUGGGAUGGUAUGUCAAGGUGCUCUGUGAGUGUUCUCAGUCAUUCAGAUGCCGUGUGUAGUUAGAGAAUAUCUACUUACAGCUGAAGGGUGUUGAUACGGGCAUCAAGAAGGCUCAUCAGGUGCUGGAGUUUGGGGGCAGAUGGGGCCUGCAGGUUAAGGCAUCCUUAACCUGCUACAUGGAAAUGUCCAUCUCUUUUUGAGAAAGAAAGUGUAUCUUUUUGAUAUUUAAACCAAAAUUGUGGUAUGUAGGUCAUGUCACUGUUUCCUUAACAGCAAAUCUGUUUUCCCAGUUGAGAGAGACAGCAGUACAUUUCUGCACAAGAAUAUGUGGUGUUAGGAUCCAUCUGUUCCAAUGUGUCUGUAAGAAUGCUUUGUUCCAAAGUGAAACCUGGGGAAACUUUUUACCUUCACUUAGAUGCCAUGCGCACUUGGGUCCCAUGUCAUCUUUCCUCCAAAGAGAAGUGCUUUUGCAAAGUGGAGGUUGUGGAUAUCUUUUCAACCUUAAAACAGGUCAGGUGAGAGAAAAGACAAAGCUAUUUAACUUAUGUCUUUCUCGUGUCCAGAAAUCUGUUCUUUCAUCAAACUAAACCACUUGCCUUAGCGUCUUCUGCAGAUUCUGAUGGCUUAUCUGUGGGCAAGAGACUUCUGCUGUGAGAAAUGGCCAAGUUCUCCAAAGCAACAGGGUCUGGCUUCAGGGAGCAGUGGGGUUUGGGAAAGCAGUGUUCAUCUUGGCUGCCUGCAUUUUUAUACCACCUGUCAAGGACUCUUGCACUUCUUUCCACCUGUGACGUUGCAGCAUUGCCUUCUUUGCUCUUGGUGCUCCUGGGAAAAACUGGAAUUUAAAAUUCAGAGUUGGCAUUGUCUUCUUAAAGAGUGUGUUUCCUGCCUCAGUUCCAGCCUGCUAUGGUUCUUUCAUAUGCCCUGAAGUUUGUCACAUGAAAACAUCAAUAUCCUACCAUUCGUGUUACUUCGUUUUAAGAUUUUUCAAAAACGGACAAACUUCUUAUUUCAAGGAACAAACUCUUAGGUUGGCAACAGCAUGUGAAAAAGAUCAUAGCUGAAUCUCCUGAAAGAUUGAAAACCAAAGGAUUCAAGACCAGUGUUGUAAAAUGAAGAGGAAUUGUACUUAUGUGUUUCAGCUGCCAAGUUGUUAGAUGUUCCUAUCUUAGCAAAAUAGUCACGCUAGCCUUUCAGAGAACAGAUAGUAACAAUUGUUUGCAACUGGAAUGUUGUAUCUAACCUUGGUUUCUGGCUCUUUAUUUUGUGGGAACUUUUUUGUUAAUAUCGCACAGGGCAACUGCCAAAUGGAAGGGAGAGGGUGGGAGAAGGAACUUACCCUGGGGCCUUUGCCUGUUGACGUAGGCUGUCGCAGGUGUGGAUCCCAGAGUAGCUGCUUCGUGGAAAUCACCUGAGGGCUCUCAGUACUUAAAAUGACAAGAUCCAAAACUUGGGAAAGGGCCUUUAAGUCAUGCAGUCUAGUCUCCGCACAGGUGCUGACAUUCUGCCUACAACCGUCCCACCAAGGGGUUGAGCACUCUGGGCAUAAACACCUCUGAGGACAGAGAACUCACUACCUCCUGGGGAAGCCGUUCUAUCUUUGUAAACCUCUGGCUUUUCCAUGUUCUCUAUAAUUUCCAUUUUAGUCUCUGCCCCAUGGGGGCCACGUGGGAUGAGUUAUUCUCUUGGCAAAGAACCUAAUUGCUGGCACUGUUCCGGAAGCAUAGCAUUUGUCUUUUGGAAAGGAGCAGCUAGGAAACAGACACCUUGGUGUCCUGACUGUCCUCAUGCUUGGGUAUUGGUCCAUUUAGUUCCUUACUGGAGAAUGUUGAGAAAACCCCAUCAGCCAACUUAACACUUACUGGUUCUUGCUGGUGGAGAGGAGAAGGUGAUCUCAUCAGCCUGCGAAAAAAAUAACCUCAGACAGAUGAGGCCUUGGUUCUGUGCUUGUCCCACAAAAACUGUUGUUCACAGCAUCACUUAGGACAAACUUCAGCUAGAAGAUUUUAAAAUAAUCUCAUCGCUUUGCAUGGAGUUUAAAGGUUCCAUGGCCUGUACCUUAAGAUUCCUAUAACGACUUCACACAUUGUUUCUACUGAGAAAGCAAAGCUUAGGAACUUGGGGAUGGGGGCUGCGUGUGUCGGUAGAAGUGCCACACUUUCAAGCUGGAAAGUCCUUAAAGGUGGCUGUUGUCCAGUCAUCCAUUUUUAGAGAUGAGGAAGCUAAAAUUCAAGAAGACUUGCGUAAGGUCACAUGGCACUCUCAGAACCAGCCUCUAGUCCUCUUGACCUGUCCAGCAUUCUUCUCACUCUCUGACUUGCAGAAUGACUAAUCCAGUCUAAAAGAAGAUGCCCUAAGAUUCUUGAGACCUUGUAAUGGAGCAGAAGUUCCCAGGGCCAACCUGGCUCUCAGGGACUGUGACCCAACCUGCAGAACUCAAGGUUGAGUGAAAUGAUUAGGCCAGAUGAGUUUUGCAAAACAAAUCUAGCCUACAAUUUAUUAAGACCAGGAAAAGCCUAGUGGGAGACAUAGUAUUGUCCUAGAACUUAAAUUCUCAUGAAAUGGGCUUGUUCUGCAAUCUCUUGGUCAGACUUCUACCUUCCAGGCAAUCCUUUGAGCUUGCAUAAUUCAGUUGGCCCGGACUCCCGGGCCCUGAUUCUGAGCUAGGCUGUCAAACUGAAGGACAGGUGAAAUCAAGAUCGUGCCCUGGGAAACACAGUGCUUUAGGGUGCCUUUUUAUUCCUCUCAUUGUACUACAGAGUGUUUCUAAGUUUAAGGUUAGGAAGGGAAAGGUUGGUCUGAUGUUUUAAGGUGGAAUCCAGCCUGGGGUGCAAGGUAUGACUGUUCUUGACGUAGAAAUGUCCACAAUCGUUUAUUUCAUCUAGCUUGCAUCUUAAAACACAAACCCUUCAGUUGCUUUCACUUAAUGAACAUAUUUGCCAAUGACAGAGGGUUGUAUAGGAUCCCUGUUUUACAUUUCGGUUGUCUCUUAUGCUCAUCGGAGUGUAUCUGGGGUGUGGGUUUGUCCCCAUUUCGUAACUGCCUUAUUGAAAAGUAAGUGCCCUUCCAUUCCAGGCCUCCUCAUAUUGUACUUGUUUCCUGCCAAAUUUGGGGGAUCAUUUGUAUUUUAAUUUUGUAAUCUAUGGCUCUGUACUGUUGAAAGGCUCUCAAUUCUAUGGGGUCUCCUUAGUAUGUAUGUGACUUUUCAUGUUGCAAGAUCACAUAGAUGGGAUGGCCCAACUUUCGCUCUUAAUAAAGAAUCUGAAUGAGUAAGAAACA